CGCUCACCGAGAUGAUCUUAUCAGAUUAAACGUCAUCUGAUCUGAUCUAAUGCACGCAAUUCGUAUCAGUUCUUCCAAGGCCGAGGUCUGGGUAUUUCGCCUCCACCGUCUUCUCUGACACUAAACAAAGAUGUACUCUUCCCGGAAAUAAACCCUGGUCCUGUCAGCGUACAUCCUACGACUGCUCCACGCGAUGAAUGAGCGUGGCUUGAGACAUGCCGUGUAGAGCAGUAUAUUCUGAGGCAUGGUUUCGCUGGUGGUGAGCAUGUCGAAGAGGAGCCCCAAGUUAAAGCCUUUCCUCUUAGUGCGCUUACAGCAUGGCAAGCUCUAUUCAUCCCCGCAGUUCUUCCAGAGCCCAACGGCCCGGACAAAGAACAGUUCUGGGCGACAAAUGCUCGUCACUGGAGUGUAAGGCGCCCCGGGAGCUCAUAAAGUCCAACUCACCUCCCUGGCAGGCCACCACAUCGUCACAGCAUCAAGUUCAGUCUCUCGCAACACAUCCUAUCUCCUCUCCCCGGGAGCCCAUUCGAUCCUCAAAUACACCGAUCUUUACGAUCCAAACCAUUGACAUUACUAUGGAGACAGUCAAUGGGAAAGUUCGCUCUGACGUAUGGAACCUCGUGACAUCCUCCGUAACUAUCAUAUGAUGGACGAUUGGGGCUUUUUUUGGCGAAGACGUCGGAGUUUGCAAAAGCCAGAGAGGCUAUGAGAGGAUGGAGAAGAGCUGAGAUGUUUUUCUUACGUUUUGAGUUAUGACGUUAUUGGCUGAACGAUCGUGGGGCUUAAAAUUAAUAUCGUGGAUAAGCCUGUUCUUGUGUUAAGUUUGCUUCACGAACUUUGUCACGAUCACGCAGCAAGUCAAUUAGUUUUCCCAAUGCGGAGUUCUUUAUACUAAUACUUAUAAUUACACUGUUUUUAUAUUGGAAAAGAUGU